AUGUCAGAAACACCAAAGACAUUCGUCAGUGUGGCCAAGAUUGGCUCAAAUCCAGUGGUCAAGCCUGCGAGUGGUGUCCUAAAGUCGGCACCAGUCAUCUCCAAGGCUGCUCCAAUCGUGAGAACCUCAACAACCACCACCUCCACCACUGUUGUAUCAUCAGCCACUCCAACUCCUCCAGCUCCAGUUCAAACUCCAACUCCCCCAGCUCCAGUUCAAACUCCAGUUGCUCCAGCUCCAACUCCAGUUGCUCCAGCUCCAGUUGCUCCAUCAACGACAACCCCAACACCUGCUCCACCAGUCGUCUCAACCACCUCAUCUACCACCUCAUCCACAUCGACCACAUCACCAACAUUCAAAUCACAGGCUACACCAGUGGCCAAGACUAGUGGCACACCAGUCAACUGGGUCGCACCUGGUACCGCAGUGUCACCUGUUGGCAGAGUCGUUCAGACUGCCACCAUGCACACUGCACCACCCAGAGUGACAUCAGUGGCAUCAGUCGGAAUCAGGAAGCCAGCUCCAACCGUCAGCCCAGUGGCACCAGUUGUCAACAAGCCAACCAACUCCACCACCCGCUGCUACUGUAUCAUCAACACCAGCACCAGCACCAGCACCAUCCCAUCCAGUCGCCCCAGCAGUGACUCAACCAGUGUCCACUCACCACCACGUCCCUGA